GCCAGUGGGGGUGGUGGACGAGUUGUCAUUAUUCGCUGCUCUUGACACUAUUUCAACAUGAUAAAGUAGCUACAUGUAGUCUCAWCCGGAAUGGACUAUCCCAAGGUUUCCCUUGUAAUCUUCCAUCUUAUCAGYCUUAUUUCUGGAAUAUCUGCUGAGAUAUUUACCUCAACUUAUCAACUUUCCACGCUAUUAACCCUGGAGGACACUCUGAACCAAGCGCUGGAGAAUUACAUUCAACAAGAGACUGCGAGACUUGAAAAUGUUAAGGAAUAUCUUCGUUUAAAGAGGCAAGACUCUCGUGUGGACUUCCACAGUCUGUCAGACAAUCCUGUGAACUAUUUUACGAGUUCAAGAAAGUUUCUAAAAGGUUUGAAAAACGUGGAGACUGUUGUUAAAGAAAAGGACCAUAAGCAAGAAUUCCUAACAAGUUUAAAAGAAUACAAAAAGACAAAUAUCUCAAGUUUAGAYCUGGACGGAGCUCUGGAAGCAAUACUGAGGUUACAAAUUGUCUAUGAUAUCAGCCCUCGCGAUUUCACGAGUGGUAACUUUGGAAAGUCUUCGGGCAACUAUACUAUAACUUCGGAAAAAAUCGAUAAACAUUCGUCACAUCUUUCAUCCAUACGCAACUAUACAAAUCCAGAACAAAUCAAUAAUCAAUCGGAAAUUAAACGGUUAACACURGGAAAUAACUCGUACGGUCGGAGUUUUUCGGAUGAUACGAAUAUUUCCAUAUAUGGAUCGAUGAACAGUUACGAAAGGCUCUCGGUGAUCGAUAACUACGAGAUUGGUCGGCUAGCCUACAGUACGGCAAGGCGAAGACAAGCUCUUCAAUGGAUGGAAAAUGUUUUGAGCAUGAUGGGAACGGAGAAAAGUGUGGCUGAUAUUACAACUGAAGUAAAACGAACCGAUGUUCUUGAUCAUCUUGCUUAUUUGGAGUAUCAGUUUGCAAAUCUAAAACAGUCAUCAUCAUAUUAUGAAGAAAUGCUGAAAGUCGAACCGAGCAAUCCAGAUUUCAUCGACAACGUCCGAAUAAUAUCAAACAUAAUAGUGAAAAACGAAAUCUCGACACCAGCAACGGACGACGACGAAGGAUACGACAAAGACAUGCUAACAUACAUGCGACAAUGCCAUGAAGCCCAURUCGUCAAACCGUUACCAAGCAACGAUCGUCGGUUAUCCUGUCGCUAUGAGAACAAACACCCACAACUCCGCCUCAAACCCGUCGCCGUGGAAACGCUAGGAGUUGACCCAUGUAUUGAACUAUUUCAUGGUGUUUURAGAGAAGGGGAAAUCGACACCUUGCUUGAGAUAGCUAAACCAAAGCUUCUCCGUGCAAAGGUCAACAACGGCAGAACAGGCAAAGUAGAAGCAGCAGACUACAGGAUCAGUAAAAAUGCAUGGAUAGAGGACAACGAAGGCACUGAAGUCUUGGAGGCGAUCAACCGAAGAAUGACUGCAUUAACUGGACUGACCACAGACACCGCUGAGAUCCUUCAAAUUAAUAAUUAUGGUAUUGGUGGACAAUACGAGCCUCACUAUGAUCAUGCCUUGGGCAAUGCACUAUUCUGGUACAAUCUCAAGAAAUCAGGGCAAGGAGACAAAAGGACCAUACACGCUGGGUGCCCUGUCUUGAUAGGCAAUAAAUGGGUCGCAAACAAAUGGUUCCACGAACAUGGUAACGAAUUUCGACGCCCAUGUGGACUAAACGAGAAUGAUUAG